AAAUGGGAAUUUAAACAAAUUCAGAUGCUAAGCAUUUUAUUAUUUGGGGCCAAACAAUUUUAAGUUGUUCAGGUUUUAUAUUUUUUCGAAAUUUUUAUUUUCUCGGCGGUUCAAUAAAGUUUUUUUUUCUCGAGUUGGAAACCAAUGAAUGGUUAUCUCGGAGGCAGUAAACAUGCGACGGUGUACUACAGGCCAAUUCAAAAAGCCCAAGGAAAAUGCUCGAAAUGUAUUUUUGCACAAAAUUUUUAAAGAGAGAUGUUCUUUUGAAUAUGGCUCAUCCCCUCAUCCUGGAAGAAAAUCGAAAUCACAAAGCGGUUGGUCCUAUCACAGCAUCAAGUACAAACCAAAGAAAAACUUGCCCAAAAGUAACCACAGUGUGUCCGUCGAAGAAGGAGAAAGCGAUUUCUACGAAGAUGCCUUGGACGAGUUCUACGAUCCAGUCAAACACGAUGAUCCCGUCCCGGCCCAAAUCAGGAUAUCGACAGAGUCUUUAAGGAUCAAGGUGCGACAGAACGACGGCAUCACGGUAGACGUCAGCGAUCCGGUCACCGGUUUUAAAAAGCUGCAAUGGACAAAAGACCAGCUUUUGGACAAUUAUCUUGAGUUUGUGUUCGAACCGAAUCCGCAACUGGAGCCGAAGCUGACCGUGUUGUUAGGUAACGUUCCGAUUUACGCAGUGAACAAAGCAAAAGGCUACGGAGAUUGUAAUUUAACCAACACCAAAACAGACGUUGCCGUUCAAACAUCGUACGCGUUGCUUGAUAUCGAUCCGAUGGAAUCGGAUAUCUGCACCACUCAACAGAAUUAUAAUUCCGCUCUCAUCGAGACAACGGGCAAGCAAAUAUCUUUUGACGAAUUGCCGUACGACAAGGAAAUUUCUACCUACACAAUUAAAGGCUUAAACUUGGAUUGCAACUCGGUGGAAAAUACUUUUAAUUACUUAAAUCCGCCUCCAAUGAAACUGUCUGGGCAGAGAGAAGCCUCUGAAAAUACUGUUUCAUAUUCUUUCAUACAGAAUUCUCAUCCCAACUUGUUGGCUACGAGGUUGAGGUCAAAGUCUUUUGCCAACUUAGUAAAUCGGGUCGGUGAUAUCGGUUCUCCUCAUACCACUUCCUUGGUGUCUUCGCUUCCGUCAGACGACGUACCGUUUUCUUGUAGACAGCCAAUCCCUUUUAGGAAAUUCAGCACGAAAACGGCCUACCCUCAAUCCGUCGACAUCACGGUUAUUAACGAGUCCAUGACGACUUCAAACGACAAACAAUACGAAGUCACUCAGAACGGCGACACUAUGGACACGCACUCUAUGAUGUACGUUAACGACGAAAGGUUAAACAAUCUGUCUUACGCUUCUGAGCAUUAUUUAACGGAACUCUUACAAAAAACAAUGCGGCCGAUUAAUUUUACUGACGAAGAAGAGUUAAACCGGAUAUCGGAAACAAACGCAUUCUGUUACAUCGAAAAUAGCGAGACGUCGACGUCCUGCGAAGAUGUCAACACCGAUCAAGACGGAUUAGAAACGUCUCCCGCAAUCGUCGAUCUGACCAAGUUUUCUGAAGAAACGGGUGACGACAUAGCAAUAAACAAAUCUGAAAUCAAGGAAGAAUCUGUUUACCUGUCGCCCAAAACACCGGAAAUAAAUUUCGAAAUAAAACAAUUUGGACAGUUAACAGAUGUUGCGAAAACUAAAUCAAGAGACGCUAGAACGCCAGAUGAAAUUAAUACCGAUUUGGAUAAAACCUCCGAUGUGAGUGAAUUAAUAAGUCUUGUUAUCUUCGAAGGUGAAGUAGAAUCGGGUAAUGCUCCUGAAGAAAACGUUGGAUGUUCAGAGGAGGAGAAAUGCAAUGAAAACGAAUCGGAAAACUACGUUGACGCAAUUACAGGGAAUGAAAACAAACAUGAAUCGGUUAUUGACGUUCGACCGAGCGAAACGAACCUUAUCAUAGAAGAAAGCUCGGCUGUUUUGUUCCCAAUGUUAGUACCGGUCACCGAAGAAAUGAACGAAAAUAAAGACAUUCUAAGCAGAGAGAAUUCAACACAAAAAAUUGCAGAAAAGGACAAGAACAAUUUAACCAGCGACAGGUCGUGUAUUUCGUCUUCAAAUUCGACUGUUUCUUUAGAACCGAUCAUGCAAGUUCUCAUUGAGGACAGCAUUCAUUCUCGAUCUCAAUCUUCGUCAAAGGACAGUCCUCGGUCUCCUUCUGUGCUAAGCCGAUCAUCAAACGUCGAAGAGGAUUAUAACAGGGAGGUCAAAUUAUCGGCCGGCGACACGGUGGGCGAGGGAGACGAGGCAGAUGAAGCAGACGAAGCAGACUCACCAGAACCGGUCGUGCUAAUAUCUGCACCAUGUCAGUCUAUAGACUUAGAAUUGGAGAAAAGAUUAGAUGAGAUUAACCUCACACCCAUGAUUGUCAACGAUGAUAUUUACAGAGAGAAGUCCGAAUCGAAAGUUCUAGAAACAGACAGACAGUUCACAUUUUUGAACAAGCGUUCUUCAAAACCCAAAUGCUCCGGAAGCGAUUCGGACAUCAUACAAUCGGAAACUGCCAACAGUCAAAUAGACAAAAUGAGGCCUCAGACUACCGUCAACGCUAGAAAUACCGACAGGCCGAUGACGUCCGUGUCACAGGCGCUUAAAGGCGUCGAAACCGCCCUCAAGCCGUUGCAGGACCAACUGAAAGAAAUCAGGACAAAAAUGGCAAGCUUGAACCAUCAUUUUUACAAUCAGUACACAGAAGAGAAACCGAAGGGGUCGAGUUCUAUUUUCUCGAUCGGAAAGGAAACCGACGUAUUGCCGAUGAAAUAUUACGCAGGAAGAAAUAGCACGAGAGCCGGACAAGUGAACGGGAUGAAAUCGAUAGAUGGCCGAUAUGAAAUAGACAAAAAAACACCAAAUUUAUCUAGGGCAACGCGAUACAAGGCCAUCUCAAUUUGGUCAGAGCCUGAAGACAUAAUUGGCGAUUCUCCCCUUCCUUCAGUAAAUUUGAAUUUUCUGGGGACCAAGAAAACAAUUUAAAAGCUUCGCUAUUAAAAAA